AUGGACUUUACUCUCCUCUUCUUCGCGUUCGCGGCCCUGCUGAGCAUCUACCUGUACCUCGUGCGAAACUACGACCACUGGCGCACCCAAAAAGUCCCCACCGCCCCGGGUGUCCUCCCCGGCUUCGGCCACGCGCUCCCCCUCCUCACCCUACGCGAAAACUUUGGCACCCUCAUCUCGAGGCUCUACGCCAGGAUGGGCCUCAGGAGCAUGUACGGUUGCUACCUCCUCCAGACGCCCGCCCUCCUCAUCCGCGAACCCCACCUCCUGAAGGCAGUCCUGCGCAGCGACUUCCCCAGCUUCCGCAACAACCUCCUCUCCGUGCACGGGGACCUGGACCCCGUGAUGGCCAACAACCCCUUCUUCGCCAGGGACGACCUGUGGCGGGAGUCCCGGGUCCGGCUAUCGGCCAACUUCUCCGGCAAAAGGAUGCGCUUCGUCUUUGCCAACUCCGCGCUAGCGUGCCAGAAACUCCAGGACUUUGUCGACCGCAGGAUCGGCACAGCCGCCGAGUUCGAGUCCCGGGACCUGUUCGCCCGCGUCUCCGGGGAGGUGGUGGCGAGCACGGUCUUCGGGAUUGACAGCCGGGGUUUCGAGGACGCGCCCGAGCGGGACUCCUUCGCCAGGGUGGCCGCUCGGUUCUUCGAGCCAACGGUCGGGAACGCUGCCCGACUGGCCGUGCGGUUCUUCCUGCCCAGGGUGGCCGACCGGCUGGGCGUGGGGUUCCUGACCAGGGAGAUGGACCGGUUCGUCAGGCGACGGCUCGGGGCGUUUGUCAAGUCGACGCUGCACAGUGGCCGGCCCUUGGAGCAGUGCUACCAGUUUCCCUUGGACCUCGACGGGCUCGACGAAGACGCGGUGACGGCCCAGGCGACGUCGUUGCUGUUCGAUGGGUACGAGGCCUGCACGAACGUGCUGAGUUUCAUGAUGUACCGGCUGGCGGGGAACGCCGAGGUGCAGACGAGGGCUCGCGAGGAGGUUGCCCGAGUGCUAGCCGGGGAGUUGAGCUACGAGGGCGUGAAGGGUCUCGAGUACCUGGAGUGGGUCGUGAUGGAGACGCUGCGCAUGAACCCGGUGUUUGGUGACUUGUCGAGGGUCUGCACGAGGGAGACGGUGUUGGAGGGCUCGGACGGGUUGUCCUGCCGACUGAGGCCCGGUGACGUGGUUCUUAUGUCACCCGAGAGCUUGCACAUGGACGAGGAGUACUGGCCCAGGCCCGGUGUGUUCGAUCCCGAGAGGUUCGCGUCGGAGAACAGGGUGAAGUUGAGCCGAUACGCGUUUUUGGGGUUCUCAGAGGGGGCGAGGAUGUGUCCCGGGAAGAGGAUGGGCCUGAUGAUCGUCAAGACUGUGGCGGCGGCGGUGCUGCAGAGGUACUCGAUCGAGGUGGCGGAGAGGUCGAGGGGACCGCUCAAGUUGAACCCAAACUCCUUCGCGUCGGUGGUCGAAGGUGGACUGUGGAUACGGCUCAAGCCGCUGAGGUAG